AACCAAAAAAAAAGCCAUGAUCUUUUUAAGCAGAGCAGCCCUGUGUCGCUUUUUGCAAAAGGCGUUACCAGAUUAGGAAGGAAGGAAGGAAGGAGAGCAACUUUGCAAGCUUGGCGCAACAGUUUCCCAAAAGGACAAAGCAAGAGGCUAAAAAGAAAGGACAAAAAUGAUGCCAAUGCAUUUUUAUUUCUCGGACAAAGUGGUCCUUCUGUUUGACUUCUGGAACGUCCACAGCCCAGCAGGGAUGGUCCUCUCGGUUGUGGUCAUCAUGCUGCUCGCAGUGUUGUAUGAAGCCAUCAAGGUGGGCAAGGUGAAACUGAUUCAGCGCACAAUGCCUAUCAUCCCCCCCAGCAUCAGCCAGGAGACUUUAGGAGAACCAGAGAGGGGAUCUAUUAACAUGGGCACAACCCACCUAACCAGCAUUCCAAAAAUCCAAUUGCCUUGGCAUGUGGCCCAGACCUUCAUCCAUGUGGUGCAGGUGGUCCUUGGAUACCUGGUGAUGUUGGCUGUGAUGUCCUACAACUCGUGGAUCUUCCUGGGUGUGAUAGUAGGCUCGGCCGUCGGGUACUAUGUCGCAUAUCCGCUGCUCAGAGUCCGAUAGCAGCGCCAUGGUCUACUCUGGUGAAAACUCAACUGGGUGUAUCAGGCACUGAUCCAACAAGGACAGGCCAGAAGUCAUCUCAAUGGUGGUUGCAAGUCUUUCUUUCCACCUAAUUUGAUUUCUGAGCUCCACCUGCAUAAGACUGCCGAUGUCUGGUUUUUUGCCCUGUUUUCAAACAGCGUUAUUUGCUUCCAGAUUUGUUUUCAAAAGAUCCUCAAGUGCCUUCGAACAGAUUUCUAAAGUCUGUCUCUAUGUGUUUGUAGUUGUCAGGGAAGCUGGUUUGCACACCAAGUCAGAUCACAGGUCCACCGAACCACACAUUGUCUGGUGUGACCAGCUGCAAAUCUCCAAGAUCUCAGGCAAUGUAUCUGUCCAUGUCUAUGUGUGGUUGCUGUUGUUGUGUGCUGGGUCUUAAACUACAACUCCUACCCACAGCCUGUUCCAGCCACAGCUUAAGUGUUAAACCCUUAAGACAACCAGUUUACUAAUGUUAACUGGAUGCAGGAAAUUUACAAAAUGUCUUGUUUUAAACAUUGGAGCCAGUGUGGUGUAGUGGUUUGAACACUGGACUACGACUCUGGAGAUCAGCGUUCGAAUCCAUGAAAACUACUGGGUGACCUUGGGCAAGUCACGCUCUCUCAGCCUCAGAGGUUGGCAAUG